UUUUCGGGACACUUUUCUUCUCAGUGACAGUAUAAAGCCCUUUAAAGCUAUUUACCUUUCUCAGCUCUGCCUAAUCGUUGAUGCAUGUCUAGGUGGAAAAAUGCAGCGAUACCUAAGAGAAAGGAUUACAAAUAAAUAGAUAGGCAUUCGCAAAUGAGCAAAAUGUAUGCAAGGCAAUAAAAAAAAAGUGUGUGAAACAUUGUCGAAUUGCCAUGAGUGUUGAAAAAGCAUCAACUCAACGGCGACCGAAAAAAUGCUCCGGAUACACCGAUCAGGACAUCAAAACUGCAAUAGCUAUGGUCCUCCGGGAGGAAUAUUCCAUGCGACAGGCGGCAAAAGCCUGCAAUAUACCCAGGACAUCGCUGGCUUACUAUUUAAAAAAUGCCACCACCGUCAGGAAAGUUUGUCCAAUGCGACCGGAGGAAGAAGACUUUCUCCUGCAGUGGCUAACAGAUUGUUGUCAGAGAGGAUUUUCUAUUAAGAAACGAAAUGUCGAAGCAGCUGCCGAGCAAUUAAUACGACAGAGUAAAGAAUCUAGAAUGCAUCCUUUUGAGGACGGAAUUUACUAUGAGCAGUUUCUCAAGAAAUGGCUAUCAAUUGACAAAAUCAAGGACAGAAAGUGCAUCGGAGUGGUUCCAGAUUGGUACUCCCAUAUCGACAAAUACCUCUUCGAAGGAAACUUUCAUCACAUAGUGAAUAACCCGAAUCGAAUUUUUCUAUGUGACGAAUUUAAAUUCAAAGAACGCAUGGAUAUACAAGAGAGUAUAAAAAAUGCUCUAACGGAGACAAAUUUACUUUACACAAUAACCGCUUCCGGAAGCGUUUUGCAACCACUGAUUGUGUACCCAUAUAAGAGGGAAACUCUGGAUGAAAUCGUACGGACAGCCCCAAAGAAUUGCGCUAUAGUACCACAGCAGCAAGGUACUGUGACGCCAAAAAUACUCAUUGCCUAUUUAAAAAGGGUGAUUCACAAAUUUAUUGAACAGCACCACAUCCAAAAACCGGUGAUUCUGUACAUCGACGAAUCGCAGAUUGAUGUCACGCUGGAGUUAACCACGACCUGCAAAAAUUUAGACAUCCUUUUGCUAGGCCUAACCUGCCAGGUGAUGAAACCCACUGUCAGCCUAUUUCGUGAUGUUGCUACCGGCUGGACCGAAGAAGUGCAACGUUGGUGCCAAUUUCACACCGGGCGAGACUUUCCAAUUUUUGAAUGCGCUCGAACAAUGCAGAUCGUGAACCAAAAAUACAUUAAUCGUGCCAGUAUUAUUAGAGACUUUAACGAUAGUCUUCUGUUUCCCUGGCAGUAUCGGUUGGAGGACGUUUUACAACCACAAAGAACCAUAGGUGCUAUGGAAGAUUUGGAAGAUGAUGACAUGGAACUUGAACAAUUCCUCCAAGAUGUUAGCGAAGAUGACGAUGAUGAGGACCCUCCCCCAAUCGCCACGGUUGAACCAAGCCAACCGACUGCACAAAACAUAGCCGAGCCCGUAACUGAAAGCAACAUUCCAGAAAGCACAGUCCUACGGCUGAGGUACGGAAAUUUUCAAGGACUGCUGGGAAGGCAGUUGACGGAAAAAUGUAGGAAAAACUACGCCUCUACAGUUCCGAUAUUUUCAAGUCGAGCCGAACGGGCUUUGUUUGAAAUUUAUCGCCGAUUUCAGCACUCCCUAAACCAGUCCGCUAGCAUCCGAAGGAAUGAUGUUAUCGAAAUAGUUGAGAUAGGUGAUGAUUAGGGUUCUCCGAUAAAAGACUCACCAGUAUUAACAUGCUAGUCAAAUCGUUUGUAAAAACGACAUAAUUUUAUUAGGUUGUCAAAAUUAGAUUUUUAAUUCGAUUAAAUUUUAUAUUCUGAAUUUCGAUCAAACUGUAUGGUAUGAUCAGAUUACUCUCCAAAAAAGCCGUUACUAUUAUUUGAAAUUUAUUUAAUUGAAGUGCGAGAUAUAUGUUAAUACGAUAAACAAUAAAAAUGACAAAUUUCAUUCGAA